AUGAGUGGUUCUACAUGCAGCUGCAGGUCGGCGUGCUUCGCUCUGAGCAGGAAUGUUUUGGCUUUUCGGAACUCUGGGGCAAUUACGCUGGUGCGAUUUGCUCAGACGGCCGCAGCUCCAGCCUCUGAACCACGGAUAAAGAAGUUUCAGAUUUAUCGCUGGGACCCGGACACUGCAGGAGACAAGCCCCGCAUGCAGACAUACGAGAUCAACUUAGACACUUGUGGACCAAUGGUUUUAGACGCCCUCAUUAAAAUUAAGAAUGAGAUGGACCCAACCCUCACCUUCCGACGCUCUUGCAGAGAAGGAAUCUGUGGCUCUUGUGCAAUGAACAUCAAUGGAGGAAACACUCUGGCCUGUCUCAACAAAAUCGACCCCAACACAAGCAAACCCACCAAGAUUUACCCCCUGCCUCACAUGUACGUGGUGAAGGACCUGGUUCCGGACAUGAGCAACUUCUACGCACAAUACAAAUCCAUAGAACCCUACCUGAAGAAGAAAGACGACUCUGAAGAGGGGAAGAAUCAGUAUUACCAGUCAGUGGAGGACAGACAGAAACUGGACGGUCUGUACGAGUGCAUCCUGUGUGCCUGCUGCAGCACCAGUUGUCCGAGCUACUGGUGGAACGGGGACAAGUACCUGGGCCCCGCUGUUCUCAUGCAGGCUUACCGGUGGAUGAUCGACUCCCGUGAUGAGUUCACAGAGGAGCGGCUGUCCAAGCUGCAGGACCCCUUCUCUCUGUACCGCUGCCACACCAUCAUGAACUGCACCAAAACAUGCCCAAAGGGACUGAAUCCAGGAAAGGCCAUUGCAGAAAUUAAAAAGAUGAUGGCGACGUAUAAGGAGAAGGGCGCAGUAGCUUCAUGA